UAUUAACUGGUGUGCACAUGCGCAAUAAAAUCAACCCACGUGCUGUCAUAAGGACAAAAUGAAGAUCAAGGUUCUUUGUAGAAACCCAAAGGAUUAUGUCAGGGAGAGCUCUCGCGACAUACACAAGCUGCCCAGAAACCUCAACCCUUCCAUGCACCCACACGAAGCGGCCAGGGAGUACGUGAGAGCCCUCAACGCCACAAAACUCGACAAAGUUUUUGCCAAGCCAUUUAUAGGUAGCCUCUCAGGUCAUACUGACGGUAUUCACUGCAUGUCAAAGCAUCCCAAGAAACUAUCAGUCCUUCUCUCUGGAUCUCAUGACGGUGAGAUCAAAGUAUGGAACAUUGCAUCAAGACGGACCCUGACUACGAUCAGUGCUCACUCUGGGUUUGUUAGAGGCCUGGCAAUGAACAAUGAUGGGUCUCGGUUUGUUUCAGUCGGUGACGAUAGCAUCAUCAAACUCUGGGAGUACCCUGACCACUCGCUCUUUCCUAGUCCCCAUCAACCUCUUUCGACCAUAUUAGGAAGUACGGCCUUCACAAGUGUUGAUCAUCAUCAGUCUGAUCCAAUAUUUGCCACGUGUGGUGACAAGGUUGAGAUUUGGAAUGAGACUCACUCGGAACCCUUGUCGUCUUUCACGUGGGGUCCAGACAACAUCACCCAUGUUAAAUUUAACCCAAUACAGACUAAUCUCCUCUCGUCUUGUGCAGCAGAUAGAUCCAUUGCACUGUAUGACAUACGCCAAUCCUCUCCGCUACAGAAAGUGGUGCUAAGUCUUAAAUCAAAUGCAGUGGCUUGGAACCCAAUGGAAGCGUUUCACUUUACGGCAGCUAACGAAGACGGGAAUCUCUACACUUUUGACAUGCGUUGGCUGAAGAGACCAAAGUGCAUUCACAUGGAUCAUGUUAACGCUGUGCUUGAUGUGGACUAUUCUCCCACAGGGCAGGAAUUCGUGUCCGGUGGAUUUGAUAAAACCGUUCGUAUAUUCCGUGAGGACUGGAAACACAGUCGUGAGGUGUACCACACCAAGAGAAUGCAGAGGAUAUUCAGUGUACGCUGGACAAAUGACUCCACCUACGUCCUCUCGGGCAGCGAUGACAUGAACAUCAGGAUAUGGAAGGCAAGGGCUUCACAGAAACUGGGCAAGUUGACGAAUCGGGAACAAAAGUCACUUGAUUAUUUGGAGAAGUUAAAAGAAAAGUAUCAAAGUCAUCCUCAGAUACACAGGAUCGCUCGUCAUCGUAACGUCCCCAGGACUAUAAAAGCAUCUGCUAAGGAAAGGAGGGAGAUACUGCAGGCUAGGAGGAGGAGGAGACAGAAUAUGGUGCAACACAGUGCACCUGGGACAGUGCCUAAGAAGACACUUGCUGAAGAGAAAGUAAUUGAAAUAAUAGAGUAAAGAUGGUUUUGUAUUUAUUGUAUUUUAACUGAUUUUUUGGUUGUAAAGUAUAAAACACACACACACAAAAUUUUAUAAAUUCUAUAAGUUUUAUAAGAACUACUAUUGUUGUCUACUUAAA